GGCCCGCGUGCGCGUGCGCGGGCAGGGCACUUCCGCCUGCCGGGAAGCGGCGGGGGAGAAGGACGGGAGUGAGGGAUCGGCCGUGAGGGGUCGGGUCCAGCGGGAAACCCUCUGUCUGCGGCGGAGACUUCCUGAGAUCGCCAGUGCGAUCCAAAGCAGGGAUUGCUCUUGCCGACUCUUCGGCGUUCGUAAGGGAACCGGGAGGAUGGUGAAUGUUCUGAAAGGUGUUCUGGUUGAGUGUGACCCAGCAAUGAAGCAGUUUCUGCUCUACUUGGAUGAGUCAAAUGCUUUGGGAAAGAAGUUCAUCAUACAAGACCUGGAUGAAACUCAUGUCUUUGUAUUAGCUGAGUUGGUCAACUUCCUCCAGGAGAGAGUAGGCGAGUUAAUGGACCAGAACUCGUUUCCUAUUACUCAGAAGUGAGAAAAACCAGAGAAAUGAGAUUAUUGCAAGUUUCGGAACAGUGAAUUUCAAUAGUUUGGGUUGUUACUGUUUUAAUAGAUAGCACUGUGGUAUGUAAGUUCUACAUAGAAGUGGCUACUAUAGAAAAUGCAUCAUUUUCAUAGACAAAAUAGUCUGGAAUUGGAUUUUGUUUCUCAUUUUGAAAGUAUGUGGUAUCUUUAUUAAAAUACUUAAAAUUACACACUU